AUGGAAGGUGAGUAUGGCAUGUACAAGAAAGGAAGCAGUGGAUGGUCAUACACGACUGGAAAUGAAGAAUUUCAAGAAACUGAUGUUUGGUCUGUUUGGAAUCAAAGCAAUGAUUUUGAUUCAAAAUCUAUCAAGUCAAAACGAUCAUCAUCAUCUUCUAAUUUGAAUUCAAGAAGCAUUCCUAUUUCAACAGCAGCCAGAAUGAUUCCUAGACCUGGUACAAACAAUCCCUGCAUGGAAUCUAGGAUUCCUCAACAACAAUCAGCACCUGUCAACGUUCCUGAUUGGUCAAGGAUCUAUGGAAAGUCAAACAGAUCAUCACAGAAUUCUCCACGGCUUGAUUAUGGUGGUCAUAAUAAUGGUAGAGGGAGUUGGGACAGUGAUGAUGAUGAUGAUAAUGGUGAUGGGAACAUGAUGCCCCCUCAUGAAUGGAUUGCACAGAAGCUUGCAAGGAGUCAAAUUUCUUCAUUUUCUGUAUGCGAAGGUGCUGGAAGAACACUCAAAGGCAGAGAUCUCAGUAGGGUAAGAAAUGCUGUUUUGACGAAAACUGGAUUUCUUGAAUAA